AUGGGAGGCCGCGCCGCGCAGAUCCUGCUCAACAGCUUGUUAUUUGGGUGUUGAGCUGCGCAAGGCAGCAGCAGCAGCGCUGGGCCAGGGAGUCCCGCCCGCCGCCCGUCAGGGAGCCAGAGCGCGCGAGCCAGAGGCAGCCCGGGCUGCCGGGGGCGGGGAAGAGGCGGAGCCGAGGCGCGAGACCACAGGCCCGUCCUCCUUCCCCACCUCCCUCCCUCCCCGCUGCCGCUCGCUCGCUCGCUCCGUCGUCGUCGUCGUCGUCCUUCGCCGCCUCAGCCGCCGCUUCUUUCCUGCUCGGGGUCGGACGGCGGAGACGCGCCCACGUCUUACACCGGAGGAAGGAAACGGGGCAGCCGCCGCCGCCGGAUCCUCGUCGGCGGUGAGUUGGUGGCGGGGCUGAGGGGGCCUGGCCGGGCUUGGAGGGAAGGCAGGGGACCCUGCGCUGGAACUCGGGAUCCCCUCCGGAGGGUGCGGGAGGCCCGGGCGGGAAGCUGCUUCUCUAACGCCUGACCGGGGAGGCGGAGAAGCGCUGCCGCCUUCUGCCUCCUUCCCCUCACGGAGGAGCCACAACACACCGGCCAAGUCCUCCUUCCUCUUGCCACACUUUGAGCAGCCUCUCUUUCCCCGCCACAUCUGGAUGAGGCCCCCUUCAGCUCGGGGCGGGCCUCCUUCCCAUUACUUCUCUUUUCCCUUCUCCCCCCUCAGAUAAAGCCCUUCGUCAGUUGCCUUGGCCUUCCUCAGAGGGGGGGCUGGAGGGGUUCUUGCCCCCCCCCCCCCGCUUGCCAUCGCCUUGGCUGGGGAUCCGAGGGGCUUGUGUCUUGGGGGGCAGUCGGGGUGGGCCGGGAGGCGAGGGGGGUUCGCAGAGGCAAAGGCCUAGAGGAGGGGUGAGUUUUUUUAAUCGGGUGGGUGGGAAAGGGGGGAAUGUGUUUCCUUUCGGAGUCGAGAAGGUUUCCCAAAACACGGCACGAAUUUUGUUUUCACUCCGGGGGGCGGAAGGAGGAGGGCUUCGGCAUAUGGGGAAGUGCGUUUAAAAGGAAUGGGGCUUGUUUCGAGCGAGGCCUGGAUGUGAAUCGGAGUGGGAACUAAGUGCAGGGGGUGGGGAAAGAAGGUCUGAGGUGCUUUUCAGCCAGGAAAAGCAAAAGAGUGAUUUUCCUAAGCGAUCGAGGGGAUGUUGCCGACAACUUGCUGCAGCCCUGUGCACCCUUGGGUGCAAGUCCCACUUGAGUACAUACUUUUGAGUAAACAUACAGAGGAUCAAGCUGGAAGUCGUAAAUGGAGGGUGUGUCUGCAUUUGACUGGCCUGUCAGCCUCCCCUUUGCCAGGCAGCAUUUUUACCUUCAGAUGUAUUCUUGUCUGUCUUUUCAGAUUUAAGAAACUAAGGGGGCUGAAGAUCCUGGCUACUUGGGAUUCCUCCUGUUUCUUGAUCAUCCUCUUGCUUCCUUUAAGUGAAUGUUGUCUCCGUGGCCUUAGAGUUUCUUUUCUUGACAGGCUGAAGAGAAAAGGAUGGAUGACAGUUACUGA